AGCCAGUGUUCACUACAUGAGGAAGAAACUGGAUAUAAUUAGAGUAAAAUCUACACACUGUAUCUGUACAUACAAACAUUUAUCUAAAGCUGGCAUUUCUCUUCACCAUGCUAGCUCUAUCUUGAAGGUGAAUCACGUUUUGGAGGAUUUUUUAUCAUUGAAGACUUGCGUGGAGGUCAAAGUAUAAAGGAAACGGUUUAACAGUUUAGUGUCACACAAAUUUGUGAACCUGUUGUAAAUUGAUGUAGUGUUAACCUGUGGAGGAUUUGAUUCACCUGAUCCGUGUGUAUACGUCCAGUUGACUGGACAGUACUGAGUCAUAUUGACACAAGGUGACACGGCAAUAUCAAUGCCCAGGAUUGUUUUGGAAUUGGUACAUGUUCAGAUGCUUUAAAAGGGUUGACUGAGCAAUAACGGUUACCAUGGUUACAAGUACUGAAGACAGAUCUGAAGAAAGUGAACCAGAAACUGUUUUCUACAAAGAAUAUUUUAGUUGAGGAGAAUCAGUAAUUCACCCCAGGAUAUAUCUCAAAGUAUUUGUGAAAUCAAAAAGAGAUCAUAUUUAAGAAAAAAAAGUGCUGACCUGUCACCAUGGAUGCACAACAUGGCACAAUGCCAAUCAAGGAUUUGGGGUCUUUUGUGGCCUCAAAUAUACCAAGUGAUGCCGACAUCAAGGAUCACAGGUCGCAGGACAAAGUGUACAUAGGUUUACACCUACCAAAACAACAUCGACAUAGACACAAACAUCGUCGCCACCAUAAACGUGAAGGCUCCAAUACGGAAAAAUCCCAUAACACAUCAGCGCCAUCUGAUGAUACCCUGUUGAUGCCCUAUGCGGCUAAUACCCGCAGAGCUAGCCAAGUGAGCCAGGUUUGGCAGUUUAGUGUUUAUGGUGACCUUGACGCGACAUCCCCAGCCCAGAGAGUUCAGUUCCUGCUCGGUGAGGAGGAGGAUGAAGAGCAUAAAGCACAUGAUGUGUUCUGUGAGAUGGCCGAACUUCUGUACAAGGACGGUGGAGAUGUGGAGUGGAAAGAAACGGCUAGAUGGGUAAAGUUUGAGGAGGAUGUAGAAGAAGGAGGCGAGCGGUGGUCUAAGCCCCACGUGGCCACCCUUUCACUUCACUCUCUGUUUGAGUUGAGGUGUAACAUCCUCCAGGGUACUGUGAUACUGGAUAUGGCUGCAGAUUCACUGCCAUGUGUUGUAGAUGUUUUCCUGGACAAUAUGGUGGCUUCAAAACAGUUAGAGGAGCCCCUCAAGGAAGAAGUACGCGACAUUCUCCUACUACGACAUCGACAUCUCUACGAUCGAAAACACAAACACGAUGAAAAUGGUGGUAGCAAAUACCACCUGCCCCUUAUACGUUCCUUUGCCGAGAUAGGCAGGAAGUAUUCUGAGCCUCGCGCUCUAAAUAACCAUGGUAAGGACACCGACAGCCCAAGUCCACCCGGAGAAGAACUUUUACCACCAGCCGCAGAAAAAAAGUCAUCCAGUGCUGUUGACAUAAAUUGCCUAAGUGUUGAUGUUGGAUUACCAGGAGCUAAAAGUACGCCAAACUUCAACAACUUACAACGUAACAACAGCACACCACGGAUAGAGCACCACAACACACAGCCAUCCUUCCUCAGCCAUAAUGGUAGUUCAGACAUUCUCGAACACUCUUCUAAUCAUAAGCUGAACAUGCAUUUCAUGAAGAAAAUUCCUAAAGAGGCUGAAGCGGCUAAUAUUCUUGUGGGCGAGGUUGACUUCCUGAACUAUCCUAUUGUCGGAUUCACUCGCCUUCUCCAUUCUCAACUAAUGGGGGAUCUCACAGAGGUUCCUGUUCCCACCAAGUUCAUCUUCUUCCUGUUAGGACCCAGGGGAAACCAGAACAAGUUCCAUGAGAUUGGUCGCUCCAUAGCUACUCUCAUGUCCGAUGAGGUAUUCCAUGAUGUGGCAUAUCACGCCAGAAACCGUGAAGACUUGUUAGCUGGUAUUGAUGAGUUUCUGGACCAGGUAACAGUGCUGCCCCCUGGAGAAUGGGAUCCCAGCAUCCGUAUCGAACCACCACAGAGUGUUCCAUCACAGACAAGUCGUAAGACAGCUCCUUCAGGCCAGACCCCCUCAGGAAAAGCAGAUGUGGAGGAAGAGGUUGAGGAAUCCCAUGGAGACGACCCUUGUCUCCAACGUACAGGCAGGUUUUUUGGAGGUUUGAUAGACGAUGUGAAGAGAAAGACACCAUUCUACGGGAGUGACUUUAAAGACGUACUACAUGUACAGUGUAUAGCCUCGUUUGUGUUCCUCUACUUCGCUUGUCUGACACCAAUCAUCACCUUUGGGGGUCUCCUCGGAGAUGCUACAAAAAACAAUAUGGCGGCAUUUGAGAGUAUCCUGGCAGGAGCCAUCUGUGGUGUGGUAUACGCCCUCUGUGCUGGACAGCCUCUGACCAUCCUUGGUAGCACAGGACCAGUCCUGGUAUUUGAAACAAUUACAUUCCAGUUUUGUGGUGAUAUGGGUCUAGAUUAUUUAGAACUGAGAUUUUGGAUAGGGAUAUGGACUGGAAUCAUUCUGAUCACCAUGACGGCAUUUGACCUCAGUGCACUGGUGCGUUACAUCACCAGAUUUACGGAGGAGAGUUUUGCUCUUUUAAUCUCCCUGAUCUUCAUCAAGGAAGCCAUCGCCAAAGUGGUCCACAUCAAAGACAAGUACCCUGUUAACUUUCACCCAAGUCUCUUUUUUCCAUGUAACUGCCUUGUUUUUAAUAAUAUCACCAAGGAUACAGACAUAUAUCCAAUCGAAGGCAAGGCAAAAUACUGGUCCAACUUCACCAAGCUGGACUGUGAAGGACUGGAGGGAAAGCUGGAUGGAGAAGGCUGUAUAGAUUACAAAGCUGAUAUCUUUUUCCUCUCCAUUCUUCUCUUCAUCGGAACAUUUACCCUCGCCUACUCUCUCAAGAUGAUGAGGAACAGUGCAUUUUUCCCUAGCUUUGUGAGAACCAUUAUCAGUGACUUUGCUGUUCUCAUAGCAAUUAUGUCAAUGGUAGGACUUGAUGCUGGCCUGGGAUUGGACACACCAAAACUUGAAGUCCCUGACAGCUUUGCUCCAACCAAGGCUGGUCGCGGAUGGAUAAUCAAUCCAGUCGGUAAGAAUCCCUGGUGGACUAUUAUUGCAGCCAUUAUUCCGUCACUGUUGGCAACCAUUUUGAUUUUCAUGGACCAACAGAUCACAGCCGUUAUUGUUAACAGGAAGGAGAAUAAACUAAAGAAAGGGAAGGGUUAUCAUCUGGACCUUUUUAUCGUCGCUAUUCUGAUCAUGAUCUGCUCCUUUCUGGGAUUGCCAUGGUUUGUUGCUGCCACUGUUCUCUCCAUCAAUCAUGUGAUGAGUCUGAAACAGGAGUCUGAAUGUACAGCUCCAGGAGAGAGGCCAAAGUUCCUGGGUGUCAGGGAGCAGAGGGUAACUGGAAUAGCCAUCUUCUUUGUGAUUGGGAUGUCGGUGCUGCUGACAAGAGUGCUGAAGGCUCUGCCGAUGCCAGUAUUGUAUGGUGUGUUUCUCUACAUGGGUGUGUCCUCUCUACGAGGGAUGCAGGCUGUGGACCGAAUCAUGAUAUGGUUCAUGCCUCAGAAGUACCAACCAGAUGUCAUGUACCUGCGACAUGUCAGAACUGUGCGGGUCCACAUGUUCACCAUUAUACAGGUCCUCUGCCUUGCAUGUCUGUGGGUCAUCAAAACUAUCAAGUCCAUCUCAAUCGCAUUUCCACUCAUGGUACUUGCAAUGUGUUUCGUACGUAAGGGAAUGGAUUGGAUAUUCACGCAGACAGAACUAAAAUGGCUAGAUGAUAUCAUGCCGGAGUCACACUCAAGAGCCAAGGAAGAUGCCAAGAAGGAGGAAAAAGAACAAAAAGAAGAGGAACAGAGCAUGCUGUUAGAUCCAAAUAAAUACACUCCAGGCCAUGUCAAUCUGCCGCUCCAGACCGGCAGCUUCAUCAAUAUCCCGGUAGAUCGUGUCACUGUAGGCAUGGAGAUGGAACCAGUGAAUAUCUCUGAGGAAAUGGCCAAGACCACACUCUGGAAAACAAUAGUGGCUAACGAAUCAUCUCCUAACCUUCAUGGAGACAGUGUUAAAAACCACAAGUCCAAAUACCCAGAUGAUGACCAUAAUUCACAUGGCCAUCAUAAACACAAGUCCAAAAAGAACAAGAUGCCUGUUCAGUUCUACAUCGACGACGAGGAAAAAGAGCAGCUACUAGAUGAUAAACCAAACAAUCCUGCAAAAAUAGAGAUUGUGGUUGACCCUCCGAGUACGAAGGGUUCAAUCAGUCGAAUUGAUGAGGACACCGUCUGUUAAACUUAGCCAAAAUAGUCACAUGUUUAAUUGCUGUUAUUACAGUUAGUUUGUUGUUUGACCUGUAGGACUAAAUAUGCAAUAUUUAUAUAUCAUUAUAACAGAUCUCACCAGUACAGGGAGAUUAAUUAGUGUGUCUAGGGUUUGCUAAGUCACACAAGGCAUCAGAAUGGCCUCAUUAUGUGCUACGGUGUCGGAAUAGGCCCUGUCAGUUGACAAAGUGAUGUAUCGGGGAUGGCCAUGUGAUGUGAGGUGAUGUGUCACACGUGACAGUUCCAUACCAUAAUCUUAGUCUCACUUUGUUGAUUUGACUGUGUUACAUGACAUCGGCACUUGACUUGAAAAUUCAGAACCUGAAAAUUUCUGGAAUGUUUUUAGAAACUUAUUUUUUUAUUGAGACCUCUGUGUGGAAUAUUCUCUGCAAACAAGGAAACAUUCCAGACAAUAUUUUGAUUCUAAAUGUAGCCUGGGAUUUGGAAUUCAAUUUGUUAUGUCAGAUAACUAUGAAUUGGGAUAGUAAUUUGUUACUUUUGACAUCAUUUAAAGUCAAUAUGAUUUAUUCCAGAUGGUGUUUAUCAAAAUAUAGUGAUACCUCAAAUAUUAUUUAUCAUUCUAUCUGCAGUAUUGUAACCUUGAUUCCUUGUAGAGAUCAGCAGGUUAAAGUUCAGAGGUCACAAUUGUCCCAGCUAAUCAUUGGUGAUUUUCCUGACUUGUCUCCAGUUACUUUUAGAACACUAUACCUAAAAUAGUUAUUGCCUUUUAUGUUUUCACAGUAAGAGGGUUAUAGCCCUUUACAAAUUAUGACCUUCAUAUCAGUUUUAUAAUAACAAAAGUUUUUGCCCUUUUUUCUCAUUUGUUGUGUUUCUAAUAUAUUUUUUGAGAUCUAUUCCUCAAAUCCAAUAACAAAGAAAAGUAGAGAAUUUAUUUUUAAGUGUGACUUUGGGCUGGAAUAUUGCACAUUUCUGAUUAAGGCAUCGACGUGUUCAGUUCCUACUUUUAUUCUGAGUCUAGUCUAGUCUGCUUAAGCUUACCAUAAUCCAUAGCUCUUUGAUUGGCAAUCAAACAAAUUUUGGAGCUCGAGAUUACGGUAAGAUUUGAAGACUAUCCAAUUGGAUAUUUCCAAGUAAGUUCAGUCUCUCCAUGUCGCACUCUUCAUGAUUUCUCUUUGUUGAUGUUUCAUUUUCAUUUUUUUAGGAAUGAUAUUUUAAAAUAAUGGAAUUUUAGGUACUAGCAUUUACCUUUCCAUUUAUUCUGUAAUAUGCUGAAGUUGGCAUCUUAUCAGCCAUUUGAUAAAUACAGUAUCAGUUUAGUGAAGUAUGAAAUUAUAACUUGAUUUCAUGAGGUGCGUUAAAGAUUUGUUUGUCAGUACUAUGUUUAAUGAUACAUUAAACAUAACUCUAUAUACAUGUAUGUGAUAAAGUGACAGAAAUGCAUUUUAACAGUACUCUACCAUUUGGUCAUGUUACAUGAAAAAACUGAUUUGAUGUUAGUGUGUGCUAAACUUUGUGAAAAGUGAGACCGUCAUUCUGUCUGGUUGAUUGUUUAAUUAUUAUCAACCCUACCUCUCCCAAUAUGUCUGUUGAUCCGAAAUCCUUGUCAUGAUUACACCCGAGUCUGGUAGAGGCAAAUGUUAUCGAUUUCUAUCAUUAUCCAUAUAUAUUGCUAAUGUCAUAUAAAUUAUCUAGAAUCAGAUCAGCGGAUUUUGUAAACUGUUACCAUUUAUGUCCCAGAUAUUGUUUAAUUUUGUAGUAUCUACAAGCAUGGUGAUCAUGGGACACCUACAUUUUAUGGAAGAUAGUACCGAAAAGUCCCAUAGCUUAUGUCCUUAUUCUUAAAGACUCAUUAGAAGUUUCAUCAUAAUCUUGUCUCCUAAUGUGUUGUUUAUUUACAACCAUUAUAUCACUUGUUACCUCCCUUUGUAUCAUUUAAUGUGUGUCCAUGUUUCAUUUGUUAUCUCCCUUUGUAUAAAUUGAGAUUUUUCCAUGUAUCAUGUGUUAUCUCCCUUUGUAUCAUUUUAUAUGUUUCCAUGUAUAAUUUGUUGUCUCCCUUUGUAUCAUUUAUUAUCUGCCUUUAGGUCCCUGGUUAUCUCCCUUCAUGUCAAGUUAUCUCCCUUUAUAUCCUUUGAUAACUAGAAUCUAACAUUAUAUUGCAAUAGCUGUUAUAUAUCAUAUGUUAUAAGUAUUGGGACUGAUUGAAAAUUCAAAUUGACACAUGUAUAUAUAGAAAGGGAUUUUCAGUAUGUGUCAUUAUCACAUACUUAUUGUACUAAAACUCAUUGUAGUAUUUUAUUGUGAUAAUUGUUUAUAAUAUAGGUAUAAUGAAUCAUAAUUACUGCAAUUAAAUCUUACUAUUUUUUUUCAAAUCCAUUAACUAAUGAAUUCCCCUUGCAGAAUUAAUUAUUUUUUUUAUUCACCAAGUUAUUUUUAGAGCAUGUAGACCAUGUAUUGUCUCAUUUCAUAAAUAAGUCCCUGACGUUUUAGUUUUUAAUCUUUUACCGAUUCAUUUACAGCUUGUUAGAUUUUUAGGGAUUUGUUUCCUUUAUUUUUUUUUUAUUUAUUUUUUUUUUUUUGUUUAACAAUAAGUUAUUUUCAUUGGCUCUUUAUAGUGAGAUCUUUUGUUUAUUUUUUUCUACCUUUGUUUUAAUCUUAGAUAUAUAUAUAUGUAUCAGAUGAAAUCCAUGCCUAUGUAAGAAUAAAAAGUGUCCCGGUAUACUCACCAAAAUAUUUCAACCAGUCAAAAUUAAAUUGCGGAAUAUAAGCAUGAAAACAGCUAUACUUUGGUUCGCUACAUGGAUGCACAAAUAUACGGGAAAUAACCAGGAUUCAUAGCAAUAAUUUGUCCUGUCUUGUUACAGCAUCUUACACCAUGUUGAAUGACCUUUUUUUUAAAAUAAACUACCUUAUAUCUUAUAAUCCGUUUUAUUACCAUAUCAACAGAUAGCACCGACAUGUAACACUGCAUUUUCUUUUCAUUUUCUCAGAAAAUACAUAAAUGUUUAUGUUAUUUGUAUAUAAAAAGUUCAGUGAUAUGAAUUUUGCCUGCAUAUCCUUAUAAAGUAAAUAGAAGAGGGAGAGAGAUGCAUGAUAUUUUAGGUUGUAAAGCUGACAAAUCUUUAAACAAUACUGAUGUAUGUAAUAUUGUAGAUUGUUUAGCUGACAAAUCUUUAUACAAUACAGAUGUGUGUAAUAUUGUAGGUCGUUAAGCUGACAAAUCUUUAUACAAUACAGAUGUGUGUAAUAUUGUAGAUUGUUAAGCUGACAAAUCUUUAAACAAUACAGAUGUGUGUAAUAUUGUAGGUCGGUAAGCUGACAAAUCUUUAAACAACGGAGAGAAAGAGAGAUGUGUUAUUUUGUAUGUCAUUAUACUUACACAUAUUUAAACAUUAGUCCUAAUCUGGUGUAAUAUUGACAUGACUUUGAGAGUGAAUUGAUAGAUCCAGCUGUGACUGUGAAGGUUGUCUGACUCUGAAGAAAAGAGUGUAUGAGAGAGACUUAUUUAAAUCCAAAAACGUGGAGAUGAGUACUUCGUAGUAAGAUUCCUCGGUGUAUUCUGAAAUUUGAUGACGAUAAUUUGUUUUAUGUGUUCAGUUAGAGUUAAAUGAAUUAAUACUAAAUAUGAUAUAUAGUACAUUAUAUUUUUUCGACGUCACUAGUGAAACAGGAAAAUAUAUUGCAUAGCAGUUGUGUAAUUCAUAGUGCUUUAGUCAAUACUGGAUCAUCUGUGACAUCUAAAAGGUAUUGUUAUACACAUGUUAUGAUGAUGUCAUAGGUUUUGUAAUGAUGUCAUCAGAAAUGAUGAUGGUGAUGAUGUGCUCAUGUAUUGUGAUAUUAUGAAUGAAAUGCUUAUUCCGUAUGGUGAUGAUGUCUUGAAAAAGUAGCCAAAGUGUCAUCACCAUAUCAUUGUGAUUACUCUACCCUUUUUCUGUAAUUUUGUGAUUUUAAGAAAUAAUUUCAAGUUAUGUCAUUGUAUCAUCAUGUCAUCAUUUUUGUGAUGAUGUCAUUAAUUUAUGUGAUGUCUAUAUUAUAUGAUGUCAUAAUUUUUGUGAUGAUGUCAUCAUUUGAUUUGAUGAUGUCAUAAAUGUAUGUCGUUUUAUGUGAUGUCACCAUUUUGUCAAUUUUUGAUGACAUCACCGUUUAAUAUGAUGUCAUUAUUAAAGUUCAAUAUUUUGAUUAUGUUUUCGUUAAAUGUAGAAAUGUCGAUUUGUGUAGCAAUGUACCAUAUCAAGUAAUCAAGAGAAAAUUGUACUGAUUUGUGACUUUAUGGCUAAAUUAUUAUGAAUAGUACAUGUAUCAAGGUCAAUUUUUUGAUUGAUUUUAUUUAAUGUUCUCUAAAUGUGCUUUUAAUGUUUUUGUCUCAGGAACAUCUAGCAUUUGUUGAUUAUAUUAAAUAUUCUGUUUCUGUGUGUUAUUUAGUGCAAAUGUCUUCUUCCUGUCCUAAUUAUCAAAUCCCUUAACUGCAAUUCAAACAGAAACGACUUGUAUUUAUUUGUUAAAAAAUUCUGUCUGGGACCUACUUAUAACCCCAGUUAUAUUAAUCAUGUAUGAAAAUAAAUGAAAUCCAGAAAUCAAGAGUGUGGUGGAUACCACAAAUGAUUUGUGUAAAAGAUGUUAAAAAUCAAAAGAAUAUCAUAAGGAAGGAAGAUUUCAUCAAAGAAUAGGUCAAACCGUUAUAACACCGAAGAGUUUUGUUUUGUUUUGUCUUUUUUUUCGAAAAGUUGGAUACGCUCUUUAAAUUGGUGUGUUUGUCUCUUGUGUAAUCAAAAAGUAGAAAAGUUUGGUAUACCCCUGCCCCCAUCAUGUUUCUGUCAUUUAAUUCAGUUAUCAAAAAUAAUUCAAACUCCAUCUUUUUUUGGGGAAAAAAAUAUUUCUUUGAUGCCAUUGCUGUUAAUGGAGUGAAUAUAGUAUUCAUCUUUUAGUCCUAGCAUUCUGUUUCAUUUCACAAUUUAAAUAGCUGGAACUACAUUGAUAUCAACAUAGUUGACAAGAUUCACUGCACCAUCACAGAUUCCACUCAGUAAUGUUUUUACACUGAUGUGUAAUAUUCCUAAUUUCCCAAAAGUUGAAUUUGUGAUUUUGAAAUUUACUUAACUGGUCUACAAAUUCUAGCAUUUAUCUUGAAUUUGCUAAUUGUCUCCCCCUGCGAAAAAAUACCCUAAACAUGAGAACAGCCCUGUACAACUUUUAUAUAAGCCUGUAUUCUUCUCCAAACUAAUGUUAUUAUUUAAAGUCUCUGCUUUUACAUUGUGUUUCUUCCUACAAUGUUUACAACUCAACUCUCCAAGAAAAGAACAAAUCAAAUUUGAUUCAGCAAUACAAAAUGUAUUAACAUCAUCAGAUUGAAAUCAUUUAUGAUAAUUUUUUCUUGAAUAAAAGAUGACUUUACAACCAGUA